UUCAAAUGAACCGAUUCGCGGAAAUGAGUCGGCUGCGACACAUCGGGCUUACCUGUUGCUUAGCAACUCGUGAAAAUUCCUGCCUCUGGCAUAUUUCUGCAUGUAAAUAUCUAACAUCCACAAUGCUGGACGCUGCUUUAAGUUCAUACGGAGCACAGGUCGUGCUGGCUACAUCGAGCGAUGAGAAUCACCCACCGGAGAACAUUAUCGACGGAAAAACAGAGACUUUCUGGAUUUCAACUGGCAUGUUUCCACAAGAGUUUAUUAUCCGCUUCCCGGACAACAUGAAGAUUUCCACGGUCUCCAUUCACAGUUUCAACAUCAAAAGGCUGAGAAUAGAAAAAGGCACAUCAGACGAUGCUGAACAAUUUGAAGCGGUUGCAGACACCGAGUUUGAGCACACAGAGAGCAGCCUACAGGCUAAUGAUAUUUCUGUAAAUGUAUUAAACACAACACACUUACGGUUUCUCAUACUGUCUGGAUAUGAUCAUUUUGUCUCUGUUCACAAAGUUAGUGUACAGUCAUGAGAUGAUCUCCAUCUGCCAUGCCUUUUUGUAAACUCACAUGGAGUAACCAAAGUGGAUCACUGUAUAGUUUUCUUAACAAAUAAACAUUCUCCUAAUUUCUAAGUCUCCCCCAGUGUUGUUAACU